CGGUAGCACUGGAGGUAGUUGCCGAAGGGUCUGCUUUAUUGUACUUAGGAUAUUUGCAUGUUCUUAUUUUUCUUCUUUUGUAAUUGACCCCUCCGGUCUGACUUUUUUGCAGGUAUCAACAUGGAUGUCUCCAACUUUGCUGCGUUGAAGAAGAAGCUGGCCAAGGAGCCGAAGAAGAAGAAGGAGACGGGGGUUCAGAAACCCGUCGAUGAUUUCUUCCGGAAGGAUGGGGCUGUUCAGGUCCCGGAGGGUGAGGGACCCUCUCAAGCUGUUGAUACCGGUGCUGGCGCCGGGGGCUCCAAGGCGGAGCAAAAGAGGAAAAACUCCGGCAAGGGCGUGAUGCCUCCGGAGAAGAAGAAGAAGAAGAAGGGGGCCCCCGAGAAGACGGACGCCCCCGUUGUCAUUGUUGAAGAGCACUCUUCCUCCUCCCCUUCGGGAAAUGUCCUCCCUCCCCCCGGGGGCCAAGAUAACAGCCUGGCCUGGCCCCGGGAUGAUGUGCAGUUUUCUAUCACCAAGGGAACUGCCAUCAUGCAUGGCACCCUCAACCCGAGGGAGUUCCUAAAGGGUGCCACGCCCCCGACUGACAAGUCGGUGCUGUCGAGGGCCAAGGAUGACGCCCUCAGCGCAAAAGUGCUUCAGGCCUCCGUCACCGCUGCCCUCGGUCUCGGAGAAUUGCUCCAGAGGAUGGAGAGCUACCAGGUGCAGAAGCUGCAGGCCGACGAGGCGCUGGUGGAAUCCCGGCGGCAACUCCAGGAGGCCCAAGAGACCCUCCGGCUGGAGAAGAUGGCAUUCAACGGCAUCCUCGAAAAUAAUAAAGUGAUUGCCAGAGCCGAGGGGAAGGCUGACGCAGAGAGGGCCGCUGCUGAAGCCGCCAAGGUUGCCGCCGAGGAGGCCGAGGCAGCCAAGAAGGAAGCUGUUGCCGAGGCUGAGAAGAAUGCCGUCGAUGCCUUCGUUGCUGAUGGGUGGAAGGCGGAAGAUCGAAGGGCAUGGGUGGAGUCAGUGGUGGAGGCCUCGGUGGACGAAUGGACGAAGGGUCCGGGUGCCAUGUGGCUUGCCCAGAAGGGCAAAGAUUAUUAUGAUGGCGGCGAGUUCUUUACUCAAAACCUCAUAUACAGGAGGCUAGCCAGGCACUUCAAAACUGAGCCGAAGGAUUUUGACCCUGCAAUCUAUGGUCUUCCCCCCCUGCAACCGGACGUAAGAGCUCCACUCCCCGAGGGCGUAGAGAGGCCAGAUCUAGAAGAUUCUGAGCUGAUGGGCGAGGGCGAUGACGAAGGAGCCGAAGACGAUGCGACCUCGAGGCCGAAGGAAGAUGCCGCCAAGGAUGCAUGAACUUAGAAUUUCCUCAAGUAUAAACUCCUGUAAUAGUUCAUAGGUUUUCGGCUUCGGCCAUGCCUUGUAAACAAACAUCUUUUGCACUUUAAAAUGUUCUUGUUGAUGAAUGAUUGUGCCUCCGGGCUUUUGUGAAUGAAUGUUUCCUUCAUCUUGAACUUGAA